UUGGCAAUGAGACUGGUAGGGGUGAGGAGAUGGGGAAGGGAGGUUUCUGGAACUGUUGGGAUAGUUGUAGAUUGUCCCCAGAACUCUGGAAGCCUUGACUCCUCUCUUUGAGCACUUCGAAACUCAAUCCUUCCUUCUGGGACCUGGCAGGAGUGGGCUAGGACCCGCACUUAGCUCUAGCUCUCUCUUUUCCUUCUCCUUCCUCCUCUUCUCCUCCCCAGCGUCUGCUUUGGCCAUCCUUUUCCCAGUCUGACUGCUUUUCCUAAACUCGGCUCACUCUUUUCUUCCCUUCCCCGCCCCUCUUCCCCCAACUUCAGGCAUCCGACAUGCUCAAGCCCAGAGACCCUGGAGGUUCGUCCUUCCUAAAAGUGGACCCAGCCUACUUGCAGCACUGGCAGCAACUCUUCCCGCAGAGCGCCCCGCUCAAGGGCGGCGGCGGCGGCGGCGUCUUGGGCCAGCCGCCGCCGUUGCCCCUGCCGCCUCCGGCGCCCGAGCGCAUUGAGACCGUGGCCGACAGCUUCCGCCCGCGCCCUGCCUCCUUGUCCUCUUCGGCCUCCUCCGCCUCCUCCACUCCGGCUUCUUCGACCACCUCAACCGCAGCCUCUGCCUCUUCGUCCUGCGCCGCCGCUUCUGCGGCCACUGCAGCCUCCCUGGCCGGACUGGCCGCUCUGCCAGUGGCGCAGCUCCCGGUCUUCGCGCCGCUCUCCAGCUCCGAGGUGCUGCCCUCGGGAGCUCUGCAGGGCAAGGACUUGUGUGUCGGCUCCUGCUCGGGCUCCGGCUCUAAGUGUAGCAGCGGGGCCGCCGCCUGCGACAGGGGAGUCACACGAUUCCGCUGCACAGCAGAGGAGCUGGACUAUUACCUGUACGGACAGCAGCGCAUGGAGAUCAUACCCCUCAACCAACACACCAGCGACCCCAAUAACCGUUGCGACAUGUGCGCUGACAACCGUAAUGGCGAAUGCCCCAUGCACGGCCCCCUGCACUCCCUUCGCCGUCUGGUGGGUACCAGUAGCACGGCCGCCGCUGCGCCCCCGCCAGAGAUGCCCGAGUGGCUUCGAGACCUGCCUCGAGAAGUGUGUCUGUGCACCAGCACCGUUCCAGGCCUGGCGUAUGGUAUCUGUGCUGCACAGAGAAUCCAGCAGGGCACCUGGAUCGGACCCUUUCAGGGAGUGCUUCUCCCCCCAGAAAAGGUGCAGGCAGGAGCUGUCAGAAACACCCAGCAUCUCUGGGAGAUAUAUGACCAAGAUGGGACACUACAGCACUUUAUUGAUGGUGGGGAGCCUAGUAAGUCAAGCUGGAUGAGAUAUAUUCGAUGUGCGAGGCACUGCGGGGAACAGAAUCUCACAGUAGUACAGUACAGGUCAAAUAUAUUCUAUCGAGCCUGUAUCGAUAUCCCCAGGGGCACUGAACUUCUGGUGUGGUACAAUGACAGCUACACAUCUUUCUUUGGGAUCCCUUUACAAUGCAUCGCCCAAGAUGAAAACUUGAAUGUCCCUUCAACUGUAAUGGAAGCCAUGUGCAGACAAGACACCCUGCAGUCCUUUAACAAAAGCAGCAAGCUCUCUCCUGCCACGCCACAGCGCUCUGUAGUUUUCCCACAGACUCCAUGUAGCCGGAAUUUCUCUCUCCUGGACAAGGCUGGGCCCAUCGAGUCAGGAUUUAAUCAAAUCAAUGUAAAAAACCAGCGAGUUCUUGCAAGCCCAACUUCAACCAGCCAACUCAACUCUGAGUUUAGUGACUGGCACCUUUGGAAAUGUGGGCAAUGCUUUAAGACAUUCACUCAGCGGAUCCUUUUACAGAUGCACGUAUGCACCCAGAACCCUGACAGACCCUACCAGUGUGGUCACUGCUCCCAGUCCUUCUCCCAGCCUUCUGAACUGAGGAAUCAUGUGGUUACCCACUCCAGUGACAGACCUUUCAAGUGUGGCUAUUGCGGUCGUGCCUUUGCUGGGGCUACCACCCUCAACAACCAUAUCAGAACUCAUACUGGAGAAAAACCCUUCAAGUGCGAGAGGUGUGAGAGGAGCUUCACGCAGGCCACCCAGCUGAGUCGACACCAACGGAUGCCCAAUGAGUGCAAGCCAAUAACAGAGAGCCCAGAAUCAAUUGAAGUGGAUUAACUGAUUGACUGGUUGGAAUUAAACUGCAAGGAAAGUCAUGAUUAAAUGUCACGGACACUUAAGCAAAACCAAAGAUUUCCUCUGAGCAACUUUCAAUCAGCCCCAGAAAACCAAAAGCAGUAAUAAAAUAAGUAAGAUGUUAAGAGAUAUUGAUCCUGGCAUGGAAGUGAGACCAGGAAAGAAAUUAUUUAUUUAUGACUAGGGAUGAGACUUAUUUCAGUGGACAAGUAACCUGGGACAGCUAACAUUCCUAGUCCCACCAUGUAUUUGCUUUAUUUCUCAAAGCUUUUAAAAGAAUUGUUAUUUAGAACCAAAGUGAGGAAUCUUAUGGGUUCUUCUGCCCACAGUUAUGACUGAGAAUGCACAUGGACUUAUUUCUCACUGUACUUUUUUAAUGGCAUGACUCAAUGGACCCAGAUGUAAAGUCCUUCAUUCUGCUGGCUCAAUUUGGUUUGGCUUGGUGCUGGCUGUGAUAGCAGUUAUAACAGGCAAAGGGGGCCUCUGGAAACAGAAGCAAGAACCUUUACUAAGCAGUGUUAACUUCAGACCGAAGGACAUUUCAUUUCUAUGGUUUCCAUGCUCAUCCUUUCCACACUUUUUUUACAUGGCUCCAUUUAUUCAACAGCCUGGGCUUGUGCAGGAGUAUCCAGAAAAGGAAGAAAAUCAUGUUAAAUUCAAGGGUGGGAGAGAGAGGGGAAGGGACAGAGGAAUUUUUCUUGUCCUGUCAGGAUACUGUUGAUAAGGAGAUCAUUUUAAAACUGUGGAGCUUUCAUAAACGGUAUAAUUGUUCCAAAUCAACUAGUAAAGGAAAUUGGUUUUCAGUAACACUUUAGCUUAUAAACUUCUAAAAUAAAGUUUGUCAAUGUGAAGCCAAAUUCCAAUAUUAGGUUUCAAGUAUUUUUUUUUAAAUUGUUGCAGGGGUCCAAAUGAUCUGAGGUUCAACCUUCAAAGCUUCCAUUAUUUCUUCUGGUCUUUCUUCCCUUAAAGUCUGUGGAAGCCUUGGAUGGCUUUCUCAUUUAUUCACUGAGUGCUGGAGCUUGUACUUAAACUCCUAAUAAUAAAUGAUACAUGGAAAGAAUAGGUCAUCAAGAGUGCUGAAUUAAAUCAUAGAGGUCAGAGCUACAUAGACAAGCUCAUUUUAUUAAGGAAACUAUCUGCCUAAUUCUCAGGUCUUUGACUAAUUCUGUUCCUUAAAGAUUAGGCAAACCCCGUGGGCAAAUUUUUAUAGUUUUUUUUUUUUGUUUGAGAAUAAGAUAAGUCACAUAUCCUAGGGACAAAAGUUCAUUUUCCUAUAGAUCUGUGUAUAUAACUGGUACAGAGCUUGACCUGGUAUUCUCUGAUAGUUCAGUAGGGGCUUUCCUACAUUAUCCUUGGGGAGUCCAAGAACCAGGAUCCAUCCAACCAUUAUAUCUUUGGCUAAAUCCCCAACUUGGUUCCAGUUCUUCAGUCUGAAUCUUUCCCAAAGAUUCUCUUGACUGUAGAAACUUCUUAUUUGUAACAUUUCUAAGUCACAAACUGUUGGAACAUCUGGCAUUUCUAUGACUAACGUGAACUACUAGCUCUCUGUUUUCAUCACCAUAUAUAAACAUAUUGCAUUGUGUUCAAUUGAUUUUAAAAGGGACAGAGAAUGACAUGCUUACUCUGAAUAAUGCUUUCCUUUCCUCACUAAAUAAAGUCUUUUUCUAAUUUUAUAUCCUCAUCUCUAA